CCGGUUUAUGUCAGUAACAGUCGGCGAUUUUUCUUGAUAUUUAUUUGGGGACUCACAAUCGCCGGAAUUUGCAUGGGGAUGGCUGUUGCCAGCAUGGAUCUCCUGAUUAUCGGGUUGUUGGCGAUAAGUGUGGCUGUGGUCGCUGGACAGGAUGUCCAACCGCUGACGGAUGCGGCCAGCGAGACGGAGGUGGAUAAUGGCAGCGUGGGCAGUGUGCCGGUUACCGGUGGUGGAUGGUACUAUCCGGAUGAGGUAGCGGCCUAUGCGGAAGGUGAAGGCAGUCCGGCCUGGACGGUGAUCAACAAACGGGUAUUACUGCUGACGCUGCGCAUGUUGAACCCCACAUCCGUGACCUUUGGCCACAAACUACGAAACAGCCUGCGUGAGAGCAAGGAGUUGGCAGCGGCCCAGGCGGCGGCAGCGGUAGCGGUGGCGUCGCCCCAACCGGUUCCUGUUCGCAGCACAAAAGCCAAGGCCUACAUACCGCCCAGCCGUAGCCAUCUGCAGAGAUGGUUGGACUUCAACCGCAUCCAGUAACAACCUGGCACACGUGCACAUAACUUGGUUGGAUUUUCUACAAAGAACAAUAAUAUUUGUCAACUGAAUCGAUAGACCCUUGCUGCUCCGUAUUAAGCCAUUUUGCUAUCAAAUAUCUGUUACUGUGUUGAAUAGUCAAUUAUCGUUAUUUUCUUAACACGGCACAAAAAUCUUUUAUAAAUUAAAAAUUAUAUGUUGUCACUGAAUUUAUAAUAUUCUGGUAAUAAUCUGUUCCGGUCAAUUCUGUUCUCUUAGUAUAAAAAACGCCGCUUUCCGUUACCGCCAUUCGCAAAUCUUGUUGAUGUCAGUAUAGCGAAAAUAAACUAUUGUCGCUGCGACAUUCUGUUUUCGCUGAUCGCUGCAACCUGCAACCUGCAACCUGUUCGCUGCAACCUGUUUU